CUGUCACUCCAUGUAAUUUUCCACCAUGAAUUCAGACGCGGUUUUGUUGUUAGAGGCCGUUAAUUUUGCCGCAGAGAAACAUCGUAACCAGCGACGUAAAGACGCAGACGGAACGCCGUACAUUAACCACCCCGUCGGAGUAGCAAGAAUCCUCAGCCAUGAGGGAGGCGUCACAGACAUCGAGGUUUUGCAAGCUGCUCUGCUUCAUGACACAGUGGAGGACACAGACACUACCCCCGCAGAGCUUGAAGCAAAAUUUGGACAGAUAGUGGCUCGUAUCGUUCAGGAGGUGACGGAUGACAAAAGUCUGCCCAAACAGGAGAGGAAGCGUCUGCAGGUGGAACACGCGCCUCAUUGCAGCCGCCAAGCCAAACUGGUCAAACUGGCUGAUAAACUGUACAACCUGAGGGACCUGAACCGCUGCACACCUGUCGGCUGGACAGCUGAGCGGGUCCAGGAGUAUUUUGUAUGGGCCUGUGAGGUGGUGAAGGGACUGAAAGGAACCAACUCAUCUCUGGAGGAGAAGCUGGAGGAGCUGUUCAGACAGAGAGGAGUCCAACUCUGACAACAUGGCUGCAACACUGUGGAGAACACACUAUUUAAGUUACAAAUAAAAACAUUUUUCAUUUAUAAAGAAAUAUAAAUAAAUCAUAUUUCA